AUGCCUCAGAGCAGACAGGGAGCCACUAGUGACCUGGGUUAUUUACCAAAUCAGGCUUCAGGGGCCUCGCGUGGACCCUUUCUCAGUGCGUGGGAGAUGUGGCUGGUGAACAAGGCCAAAGAAGACCGUUUCAAACUGGAAAAACAAGCAGAUGAGGAGCAGUUAAGGAAGGAAAAAAAAAAACAAGAAGAACGGGAGCGGGAACAGAAAAGGAUAGUCAUGGAAGAGAAGAUCCAAGAAUGGCUACAGAUGAAAAUGAAACAGGAGAAGCAGGAGCACCUCAUGAAACUGAGCAAGGAGGAGGAAGAGAUACAGAGGCAGCUGGAGAAACAGAGGCAGACUGAACAGAAAGCUCAACAAAAGUACAAAGUCUGGCUGCAGAAGAAGAAUCAAGAAAAAAUAGAAUUAUAAAAGAAGGAGAAAGAGGCGGCUGCUCUGAAGGAGGCGCAGGAGCGAGAGCGCCACAAGAGGGCAGAGGAGAAGUUUAAGGACUGGCUGGCUAAAACCAACGAAAAGAGCAGGGCAAGUCCCAAAUCACCUUGCUACCCAACAGGUCCCUACGACACAUCACGCGCAUCCCCCAGCUUCUACAUCCCAAUCCCCUGGAAGCCCAUUCACGUCCCUCCUCAGGAAAUAACACCAAAUAAGACUUCUGCCAAGAAACUCCAGAAACAACAAAAAUGCCAACAAAGCCCCAGCACCGCUUUAAGGCUGAGGAACUGUGCCAGCGCAGCACAGAGAAGAUGACACGGCAGGCCGAGGUCUGCGACUCACGCGCCGGCUUAGUUACGGAUCAAAUAUGAUUUCAUCACCAGUCAUCCACUCCAAACAAAGCUCCUGAGACGAGACUGCUGAAUCACAGAAAUGUCUCUGUUCCUUAAUAUGAAUGUGGUAGUUUAGCUGUAAUAUCUUUAUUUUUGUUCCCGAUAUUUUAGUACACUGGAGCAAUGUUGCAUUAGCUAAAAUUAAUUUGUAUAUAAGGAGGUCUGCAUUUUGGGGAUAGCAUAAAUGUUGUUGUGGUUAGACAGGCCUGAAGUUUAUUCAGUUUUAUCUUGUACAUUUGAUCAAUUUGCUAUUUGCAUAAAAAAGAGACAUUAUCAAAAAUGUU